UAAAUGAACCCAGACAUGUUGUAGUUGAGAGCAGCAGCUCGUGUCGUUAGAUUAUCUUUGUCUUAUUCUGUGUAUUUGGCUAAAUUCGAGCUAGUUAGCGUUAGCAGGAGUUAGCUGUUAUCAUCAUUGGGUUAGCUUAGCAGUCCCACCAGCUAGCUAAUUAGUUAGCUAGCUGCUGGGACCUGCCCCCGGCAUGGCACCUCUUUCUCGGCUCUGCAGCGAAAGCCUUCACCGCAACAAUGGCCCCCCCCCCCCCGACAGAGAUGGCGAGAGCGGCUUUUAGUGCUUCAAACAUGGACCAAGACAACAACUCAGAGGAUGAGUCAAUCGGCCCAUCAGAAGAGGAUCUGCCGUGUCUACCUCCAGAGCUCUCUGAUGGUGAGGCUGUGGAGCUGCUUUGGCAGUUGCGAGCUCAGCGGCGCCAGUCGUCUCCUGAGCUCCCAGAGACGGUGACACGUCUCACUGCCCCCGAUGGCAGCUUGCUGUACCUGGUUGGCACGGCACACUUCAGUGACAGCAGCAAAAAGGAUGUGGCAAUGACGAUUCGCGCCGUGCAGCCGGACGUGGUGGUGGUGGAGCUGUGUCAGUACAGAGUGUCGAUGUUGAAGAUGGACGAGAAUACACUGCUGAAGGAAGCCAAAGACAUCAACCUGGAUAAGGUUCAGCAGGCCAUCAAACAGAAUGGGCUGAUGUCUGGCCUCAUGCAGAUUCUCCUGCUCAAAGUUUCCGCUCACAUCACAGAGCAACUGGGCAUGGCUCCUGGAGGAGAGUUUAGAGAGGCCUUCAAGGAGGCUGGACAGGUGCCCUUUUGUAAAUUUCACCUGGGGGACAGGCCGAUCCCUGUGACCUUCAAAAGGGCUAUUGCUGCCCUCAGUCUGUGGCAGAAGGCUCGUCUGGCCUGGGGUCUUUGCUUUCUGUCAGAUCCAAUCAGUAAAGAGGACGUGGAGAAGUGCAAACAGAAAGACCUGCUGGAGCAGACCAUGUCGGAGAUGAUCGGCGAGUUUCCUGCUCUCCAUCAGACCAUCGUGGCUGAAAGAGACAUUUACCUCACUCACACUCUCCGUCAGGCUACACGCUGUGUGGAGGCUCCCCCUAAGGCCCUGAAAGUGCCUGCUGUGGUGGUGGGAGUCGUUGGGAUGGGUCAUGUUCCUGGCAUAGAAAAAAACUGGGAGAAGCAGCUUAACAUUAGUGAAAUCAUGAGUGUUGCGCCUCCCUCACGUUUUGGCUGGGUGUUGCGCACAGUCAUGAAGGGCGUCAUGAUGGGAAUGCUGGGAUAUGCCUGUUACCGUGCUGGAGGGAGUAUAGGUAGAGCCCUACUGUCUUUACCAACUGUCCAAACAGCACUGAAGACUAUACGGCCACCCCCUGCUUGACCCCACUGGUCCUCUCCAAGCCAUCACUGACACGACCUCUGAUUUAUGAAAACAAUGCAUCUUUCACCAGUGGCCUUAACAAAAGGAGGUGAGGCUGGAGGAAUAGAGUUCACCAGCCCACACUAUGAACUAACAAGGACCUCAGGGCGGUUUAGAGCCUUCCCUCUUGUAUUGAUGUCCCUGUCAACACAGCAGGGCCGUACUGCCAAAGAAACCAUGACAGUACUCUUUUUUUUCUAUUAUCAUAUUUUGUGCAAAUCCUGCAUUUUGUAUUGUUUACAAAUGCCAACAAUUCCUUUUGAAUAGAUUUAUCCCACAAUUCCUUUUAAUGACUUACACGCAGAGAUAUGAUUGGACAAGUACCGUCAGAAACAUCUGCAGUCACCUGCCCUGAUAUGAUGAUACACUUUCUGUGAGGAACACUUUUCUAACGCUCUGUCCUUACUCCUUUCUUGUGCCAGCCAGGAUUUGGAAAUUGGCACAUUUCAAGUCGAACACUUUAGAAGAGACUGGUGGCGUCUUUCACUGUACAUGCAGCCGAUGGAAAGGACAAGAAAGCAAAACAUCAAGUCAUUUAGAACUAGAACAAAUAAAAUGGAGAAAUAUAAUCAAGGUUUUUUUUUUUUAAACCUUCCGUUUUAAUAGUUUGUGCAUAGAGCAACACAAGGUUAAUGUCAACAGAUGUCUGAAUUGGAGGGUUGACCAUCAUUUCCUUAAUUGUUGAAUAUUUCACAAAACUCAUACAGGAUUAGCAUGAACUUAUUCCAUAUGUGCAUGGCCCUGCCUACAUCAACAGACAAGUGCCUCAUACUGCAGCUGUAAGGGCUAAUGGUUAACUACAUGGAAUGGCAAAAAUGUGUGUUAUGCAUCUCACAGAUAAUACAAACAAAUGGUUGAUUCAACUUUGUUGGUAGCAAUCUGUCCUUUUAUUGAUUUAAGUAGACACACAUUAAACUGUUGCCCUUAAUACAGACAUCUGUCUACAUUCUGUCGACUUAGCUUCAGCAGAUAUGUUGCUUGAAUGUUAUUUGUGUAUUUAAUUGUACCUCCAGUAUGAGGCACCAUAAUCUUUAGGCUUUUUCUGGUUCCAUCUCUUAGUAAAGGUUUCAUACUUGACACAGAUAUUUGCAUCAUAGGCAGAAAGCUAUCUCUGAAAACCUUCAUAUGAGGACGUCUGACAUUCAGCACACCAGCUGUUUGUACUUUUAUGAUAUAUGCAUUAUCACUUCCUGGUAUGAUUGUAAAAAGGGGAACAAGGAUUGGUUGAUCUAACAGACGAUUUAAAAGUUUUAUUGAUUGUCAUGAUUUCCCGUUGAGGGAAAUUAGUUGUGGGCUUGCUUUGACCAUUAUUUGAAAUUAGAGGUUGGUCAGAGAUGAGAGGUUAAGCCUUACACUGCUAUCACUGCUGCCUUGACCCUGUUAUAACCCAGUGACCUGUAUCCACAGUACAGAGUCUUAUUGCACAUAUAAAAACAGGAUGGAUAACAUCCCGGGAACUUGUAAAUUCAACAGUGUAAACAAGACAAUAACACAGUUGCAAGGUUAUAUACCAACAUUGAAUUCCUUAGUUUUCCACAACUUAAUUUAAAGUAAUUUUUUGUACAGUGCAUUAUCUAGAUGUAUUUACAAGAUUUGUGAAUAUAAGACUGGAAUAACUGAAGCAGUACAUUAUUAGACCAGCUGUUAACUAUCCAAACAAACUCAUUCAGAAAAAAUGUCUUCCAACUGAUGAAUGAUAUCAAUUCAUAUAUAAGCAUUGUGAGAAUGUGGAGGACAGAUGCAGUCGUGCCUCAGGCCCUCAGCAGUAUAAUGCAGUCAGAUUCAAACAUUGUCCCCCUGCCAUAGAACUCUGAGUGGUUUAAUCUACUGUAACUUUGAGAAUUGCCAAGAAAACUGUUUGAAUGCCUGUUAUUUGUUGCAAAGUUUGUUUCCGCAUAUCCUUGUGUCGUAUUGUCGUUGUUGAAAACAUUGAAUUCUGAAUAAUCUCAUGAAUUAUAAAAGCAUUUUAAAUAAAGAUAUGACUAUAUUUGCCUCAAA